AUGAUGUGCAAUCUACAAGUAGCACUUGCUAUAGUUGAAGCAUCAUUUAAUCGUCUUUGUUCAAUAGUUUAUCAUACAAAACUCUUUUUAAGAACAAAAAAAUGGGCAACAAUAUGCAUUGUAAGUCAAUGGACAACUGGCAUUAUUCUUACAAUACCAAAUAUAUCAUUUAAUGAUUCAAGUUGUGAUGAUCAAUUAUGGAAAGCAAUUUAUAGAUUUGUGAUGAUUGUGAUUGUUCCAUCAAUAAUAUGCUUAAUGAAUAAUAUGAUGAUUUUCAAGUAUGUUCGUUCUUCAACAAACCGUGUUCAAACAUCAUUAGAAAAUGCAAAGAAUAACGCACAACAACAUCAACAUCUUAGUCGUCGUGAUUUACAUUUACUUCGACAUAUGAUUGUUAUGUUUUGUAUAUUUAUUGCAGGGUGGAGUCCGAUUUAUAUAUGUGCAGCUAUUGGUAGUGCAAUCUCUAUUACUUCAACAAUAGCUUCAGUGUUUAUUAUAUUAGCUGAAUUAUCUUUACUGAUUGAUAUAAGUAAUCUAUUCUUGUAUAAUCAUGAAUUACGGAGAUAUUAUCGAGAGAAAAUAUGUCAUCGUCAUUGA